CUUUUCAAAACUCUGAUUCCGUCUCUAUCGCAAAAAAAAAAAAGUCGAGAUGCGUCUCUCCGUCCACCUCUUCAUCUUCUUUCUCCUUGCCAACUGUAGCAUCUUCUUCGUCAAAGCCCAGAAGCAGUACAAAGUUGGCGGCGACGAGGGAUGGCGAGUCCCAGACAACAGUAAUCCCGACUUCUACACCGCCUGGGCAAGCAAACUCCGCUUCCAAGUCGGUGACACAAUCGUCUUCGAGUACAAGAACGACUCUGUGAUUCGGGUGGAGAAAAGAGGCUAUUACCACUGCAACGAGAGCAGUAAUGGCGCCCUGUACAAGGACGGCAGCACUGUCUUCGUCCUCGACAAGCCGGGCCUUCUCUACUUCGUCAGCAGUAACAUUGAACAUUGCAAGAUGGGUCAAAGGCUUAUGGUCGACGUCAUGGCUUCUCACGGUCCACCAUUUUCAGGGGCGCCCGGUCCAUCACCGCACUCCAGCGCCACUGCCGGCAACGGCGGCUUCCUUCCCCUUUUGGUCGUGGCGUUUGGCACGUUUUUAGUAUAAAAGUGGAAUCUUGAAGACUGGAAAGCGGCUGCGGAGUGUUUUGAUAGUCCUUCAGAUUAGAAAUUUUAAACUUUGGAUUUUCUAUGCUUUUAUUGUUAAGUUAACUUGUGCUGUGAAAUGUAAGAACUUAUUUGUCCUUGUUUUUGGCGAACUUUGUUUUAAAAGUGUGGGCUUUUCUUCCAUGAGGAUUUUUAUUUCCUGUACCGGGGCUUUUGAAUGUCUUUAGACCUUGGUGGUUUACAGUCCUUCGAGUUUCAUGGCUGCAAAAAUUAUGUGGUUAUAUUUAUGUUUUAUCGUAUUUUAUUAUUUUUUAUGUGCUGGAACUUCUCUGAUUAUCAUUUUCUACUAGGGUUAUACCAAUGUGAUGUAAAAACUUUGUUUCAAGGGAAAUGUUCAAUUUUGAUUUUCUUGAGACAGGACUGAAGAUAUUAAAAUAUCAUAUUGUAUAUUGGAUUUUUAAUACGGUUGAUUGAAUAUGGCCGUUCAGGUUGAAUCUUAUGAUGUGUUAAACCGGACUUACGCCGAUAACAGAGAAGUGUAUCAUUAAAGAUCACCUAAAAACACUACAUUAUGGGAGUGAUGUGCUCAGAAAUAUUUACUACAGUUCUUAAAAAUCUAUGUAUAUGAUUAA